CGUGGCAUCGGGGAUUGCGCGCGCGGUAAGUGAGGUGUUUUCAACAUUUUCAACGAUCAUAUUUGCCAUAUUUGCCUUUUCUGCGAAUAUAUUUUGUUGAUGCAUUGAUUGACAACCCUCCAUCAAAGAUCAGCAACUAGCAAGGUAGCAGCUUCACUGUUCUGCUCUGCUACAGCCUACAACCAUGCAAAGGCAGCAGGAGGAGGCAUCACAGGCUGACCAGCGAGGAGACGGCACCAUGGGGGACUCUGUGUCCCCGCUGGACAGAGAGGCCAGCUACUGCAUGCUCUGCUCCAACCAGCUCUACUCGACAGGCUUCAACAUCUACCAGGCGCGCACCUACCACGGGGAGAAGAGCUUCUUCGAUAAACUAAUCCAGCUGACCAAUUACACGGCCAGUCUACCGGAGCUGGCCAGCGACUGUCUGUGCAGCGUGUGUGCCACGCUCCUCUCCCAGAUCGACCAGCUCGAGUUUCAGCUGAACCACCUGGUGGCUCAGAUACGCACCCAGUUCCACAAGAUGAUACAGGCACAGACGGAGGCGGCGGCGCGGCGCCAUCCGCAGCCGCAGCAGCAGCAGCAGUCUCAUCAGCAGCAGCAGCCUCAACAACAGCCUCGUCAUCAGCAGCAGCAGCAGCAACAGCAACAGCAGCAACAGCAGUCUCAACAGCCGCAACAGCAGUCUCAUCAGCCGCAGCAACAGCAGCAGCAGCAGCAACAGCAGCAGUCCCCAGCUCAACAGACAGGUAUGCCGGGUGACUCGGCUCCGCGCGCUCCGUCCGUCGAGUGUCCGCCCGGCUCCGGUGCCUCUGGCUAUCAGGUCGGAGUGAAGAGGGACUCUGAACCGACCGACUUCUUCGACAGCAAGCUAAUAAAAAAGGAGACUGAGAACGGCAACGUGGUGGACCCUGCUCAGCAACCCUCUUGGCCGGCUGCGGCCUCCCCCGCCCCGGCCGCCAGUCCCGCUCCGGCGCCCACCCCCGCCCCCGCCCCAGGUCCGGCCCUUACCGCCGCCCCCGCCGCGGCCCUAGUUUCCGGCGGAUCCACGGACGGCAUCCUGUUCAGCAUCGGCCACUUCAUGGAGCCCGUCGCCGCCAGCACGUCCGGCGACUUCACCGACAAGUUCGUGCGCCAGGUGCCAUACGAGGACUCGUACCGGUUCCAGUGUGUGCUCUGCAGCCGGCUGGGCGACUCGGCAGAGACUGUGCGCCAGCACGUGCGGCGCGAUCACCCGGGCGCCGACCGGAUCAGCUUCCCGGGCUCGGCGCCGGCCGGACGGCGCGCCGCGCCGGCAGUGAAGGCCAGCGCCGCGCCGGUGGGGCCCGGCGCCGGCGCCAAGGUGCCCCGGUCCAUCACCGCCAGCGCCGCCGCCAUGGCGCAGAAUAUUGCCGAGCGGGCGUUUGUCUGCGUCGGGUGUGACAAGGCGUUCGGCUGCGAGGCGUUCCUGACGCGGCACGUGGCGGCGCAGAACUGCGGCCGCAUGUUCAGCUGCCAGUACUGCGGGAAGGAGUUCUCGCGCUCCGACAAGAAGGUGCGUCAUGAGAGGUCCCACACGGGCGAGCGGCCCUACAGCUGCAGCUUCUGUGGCAAGGCGUUCUCACGGCGGGACAAGUGCACUCACCACGAGCGCAGUCACACGCGCCGCCAGCCGCUCGAGUGUCAGCGCUGCGGCGAGCUGAUGUUCACGACUGCGGCGUACGAGUCGCACCGGCAGCGGUGCUCGGACGACGCUCAGGGCACGGGGCCGCUCUGGCAGACGCAGGCCGGCCAGGCGGCCGUGGCGCAGGCGCAGGCCGGUGUUGUGGACGCCGCUGACGCGUGACCUGCGGACGCGGCCGGAGCGGAGCGCUCCCCGCCGCGGUGACCGAGGGUGGUGUGAACUCCCCCCGCCACGGUCGGCCGGUCCUCGCCGCAGCCAGUGAGUGAGUACCUCUGCCGCCGUGUGAGAGCUCCGCUGGCACUGUGCGGGGCCCGCCAGCCUCACAGAAGGCGGCCCCUGUGACUCAUACACGUCUCUGUGCAGAACUCCUAGUCAAAAUAAUUUUGAACAUGCACAACCUCACCCGGAGGUUUAUGCAUUUUGUGUGAUUAUCCAUGUGCGUCGACAGCGUGGCUGCGACCCUGAACACUGAUGACGGCCAUUUUCAAGUACAAUGUCUAUGUCAAUGUCAUACAGUGUCCGUUUUUCGUCAUGCCCCAGAUGCAAGUCCUUCAUUCACUAGUGAGUUGUAUUUUAGUACCUGAGCAUGAUUACAAGGCGUAGCAGACUUUUUUAAUUAAGCUGUGUUCUUCUACCCAUUGCUAUUUAGUGUCAUGAAGAUGCGAGAAAUCCGUUCAGGAGCUAAGCCGGGUUCGUCACCUUCACUUCCCGGAACUUUUUAUGAUCGUAAAAAGUCUAGACGCCGGCGAGAAAUGAGUGACUUAAGCGAUUCGGCAGCUAACCUGAAUAUGAAUGAGAUCCCACUGACUCGAUGCAUCUUUGUUUUACUUUUUCAGUAACUGUUCCGUUUAGAUUAUCAGGUUGCUUACGACGCAUUGGGUUUACUGGCAUGUAUCCCUGAAUUUGUUCGACUUAGGUGUGAGGUUAAGCUCGCAGUCGUGGUAUCAAUAUAUAGUUGCGGCAAUUAUUUUAUUUCUCGCGACGUUCACUGCCGUUUUUAGUCUCGCCAACCGUGUUUAAAAAACAGGUACGUGCUGUAACUCUGUCAUCUCAGAACAGUUUGGCUAUACGCAACUUACUGAUCAUUUUACUCAGAAGGUCCAAUGUUGAAUUCACUGUCUAAUGUGCUUUGGUUUUGUUGCAAUUCUCUGCGUUAUUUGCUUAUUCCCGAUAGCUAUCUAUCCAAUGUUUCUCCAUACAUGGUCGGUUAAGUCAACUUCAGGUUUUAUCAGCAUAUUGUCGGUCAAAUCAAUUUGAUGAAUAUUUAUGAUUUUGUUUCGACGAUCCUGUAGUUGAUUGUUUUCACCGCAUUUACCGUUCGAGGGUCCCUCGUUCCAAGGAGAAGGGCCAGCCACGUCUGUGUGCCAAUGGCUUCCUUGUGAUAUUUUCAUUUGCGCAUGUCAUGUGCAGUGUGUACGCCGUCUUGUAAUCUAGAGAACGUCCUAUUUCUACUUCGCUAAUGUUUUGUUCUUCCUUUGAAACCCAGCAUCACGAUUUAUCAAAGUAUAGACGGUGGUGACUUUCAUCGGAGCUUGUUCAAUUACGAUGUGGUAACAUGCUUGGAUAAUUGUCGUGUUCAUUCCUCGUCUAAGAUGCGUUAUCGUUUCGUUGGUUAUAUUGGUUAUGUCGUUGCGAAUUUAUCAAUUGAGCAGUUUGCAAAUGUCGCAUUGUUUCCUUCAAGACACGCCAUCGGAUGUCACGUCACAUGAAUGUCGCAUCUAUUUCCAUGUCAGUGUCACUAACUGAUAAAAUAUGCUCUGUGUCCAGUCAUUUUUAAAUACAUGUGCACGUUCAUUUCACA